AUGGGCGAGAUACUGCAGCGGUGGGUGUGGCGGCGGCUGGGCGUGGCUGUGGACAAGGAUCCGGCGCUGUUCGCGCGCCAGGUGGCCGACGGCGUGCUGCUCGCGGACCUGCUGCAGGCUUACGGCGUGCUGGGCCACGAGGCGCACUCCUGCGUCUCCCCAGUCACUGACCCGCGGCUGCGCCUCAGCAACCUGCGCUUCCUCAAGGUAUGGCUGGAGGAGGUGGGCGUGCGGUGCGAGGACGCGACCUUGCGGGCGAUGGCGGCGGCGACGGGAAAGGGGUCGGCCGCGGUGUCGCUCUUCUACCAGGUCUUCUUCUGCCUCGAGGGCAAGGACAGGUUGCACUUCCUCGCGGAACAGGAGGUGGAGUACUACAGAAUGCGCCAGAAACGGCCGUCCCGCUUCACCGUGGAGCCCGUGCCGGAAACGCAGGAGGCGGCCAAGGAACCGGCGACGGUGGAACGCGAAGAGCCGUGCAUCAGCAAGGAGGAGCUGGCCAAGCUGUACAGCGAGCAGUACCACGCCCUGCUGCGCGAGUGCCGCGACUCGCACGUCGACGUCGAGGACAGGGAGGCCGAGGCGCAGUCCCCACCCCGCAAGCCGUGCCUCGAAGUGGGCAAGACCAGCUUGUGGGCCGUGCACGUACCACCGUCCUCAACGACACAGACACCCUCGACGUCUUCGGUACUCGAUCGCGAAUACACCCAGAGUGAGCUAGAGUGCAUCCGGCAGCAAGCACGAAAAUUGAGCAGCGGUGAAGCGAAGCCCAAGAAGCCGACCGCGGACGUCCUGGAGGAACCGUCCCGGAAAGAAAUCGCUUACGCCACGUUUAAGAAACGGAUGCAAAAGGUAGUCCUCGGUGAACUGUGGGAGGCGUUGCUCCAAGAACAGGAGAAGCAGUUCGACCGCAUGGUGACCGAAAAGCUCAUCAAACAGUCUCAGUACGAGAAGAAAGCGGUUUCCAAACUCUUCUCGGUACGUAGCCACAAGCGGAAGAUGGUGGAGAAUCGACUACGCGUGGAAAAGAUGCUACUGGAUCAGCAACAGCAGGAGCUCGAUAGCGCUCUUAUGGAGGUGUACGACGAACAGUGCUUUCGAGAGAGCAUGUCGUUGUUCGAGAGGGACCGCUUUCAGGAACUUCAGAAGAGGUUGGGCGACGAUAAACAGAGGAAACGCUACGCGAAGCACUUCGGAAUCUGCAUGGACGUUGUUAAAUCCGCCGUCGACUUCGGCCUGAGAGUUUCCGAAUUCAAAAAGACCAACAGAGGCAUAGUGCCGCAAGAACUAGUGGAUCAAUGGAAGGCGCUCUUCUUCAAAGGUCUCCCUAUAUUCGACGUUCUGGAAGGAGGCGGGGAAAGGCUUCUAGCGGAGGAGAUUGUUAACGAGCUCAUUGAGGAAGUGGAGCUGGAGACCGACAGGCAAAUCAUACUGGACGAACAUGACCUGCAAGCGUACCUGGCACUGGAGGAAACCUGGGAGGUGGCUGUACUCGCUCCACACCUUGCAGGCACCGAAAGUUCACUCAAUGUGCUGGGCCACGUGAUCCACCGGUUACUGGCAGCAAAAUACCCGUACCCUCUUCGGCCGAUGCCGGCAGACAUCCCGCGGUAUCCAGUGGCCGCGGCCCUGAUAGCAGAACUAGAAGACGACAAGUUGGCUAUCCUGGAGGGCCUCCUCAAACACAGAGCUGUGCACGUCGUGAAAAUGGAGAAUGUAAUCAACUUCUGCGUGGCUGCGUUUAAAGAGGAGUGUACUCCAGACACCAAAGCAGAAACGGAGAACAAAUUGAGUAAGAAGAAAGCGAAACAACCUGCCAGCACGCCUUCGACGAAAGCCACAAAAGAAGAGCCUGAGGUUGCCCCGACAGAUAAGUUUACGCAGACACCUGUUAAAAUUCCUGAAGAUGGUGAAGAGGAGGUAUUCGAAGGGGAAGAAAAGCCACGAGAAAUGUCUCCGCAGUCAAAACUCGGCCAGAGAGCUUUCGAGAUUCUAGGCGUCGGGGAAGAGAUUAACGAUGAGCUUCUGGCAUCAAUGCUGAUCGAAUACCUAAAAAAUCAGAUGGAAAUCAAUGGAUGGGUGCUCAUAAAUUUCCCCAAAACUUACUCGCAGGCCUCUGUCCUCGAAGAAAAGUUAUCUGGGCAGCAGAUGCCGCCCGAGUCAUCUGAAGACGAUGAAGACAAAGAUCCGUUUCGUGAGCAGAGGGUUUCGAGGCUAUUACCCAACCCGACUCCAGCAGAACCUCCGCCUCCUUUCUCGACGUAUCUAACCGCUUAUAUUCACGUCGAGAAACUAGAGACACCCUCGGCUUUUGAGGAGGACAAUGACGAGCAACUUGACGUGUUUAAUGAGAAUCUCUCCCCACUUGAAAAGCUAUAUACGGAACAGGGCAUGAAUUAUGCAUUCUACUACGAGAGUUUUGACUUCCCUACCCUGAAACAGUUGGCGAAGACAGUUAUAGGGGACAUGGAAAUGCCUUUAAAACCUUCAGUCGAGCUGUUUGGUGAGGGUUAUGAAGAUCUGGCCGAAAAAGGAAAGAAAGGAAAAUCAGCGAAGAAACCGCCGAAAAAAGUGGGGGCCAAGGAGGUUAAAAGUAAAACAGAGGAAGGGAAGGAGGAACUGGAGGAACUUCUUGCAUCUGACAUGACGUCGAAGGAGGAAAGUUUUCUGGCGAAAGAGGGAGAACCUACGGAAGAGCCAGCGAAACCUGGCGAGGAAGGUUGGCACUACGUUGACCUCCCCCAGCCACUAGACCUGCAGUGUACGCUCGCCACAAUCUGGGAGAAAACUGAGUGGAUGUACACGCGAGCACUUAAGGAAAUCUUCUUCAGCAAACGAAUCCAUUAUUCUCACAUCGUUCCCUACGUAAAUUACGUCACUGAGCUGUUACAAAAAUAUAUCAGGCGUCCUGAUCUAAAGCAGGAUGCGGUCCACGAGUUCCAGACGAGAUACAACGAAAUGGACGAAGAUCUUCGCCAAGACGAUGAGAUAAAGAGCGAGCUUCAUUGUAGAGUCACCGAACUGCGUCAUUGUCUAUGGGAAAUAUGCGACAGGAGAAUGAAACAAGCCGAAACCGAAAGGAGGAAGAUCAUUUGCGAGAGCUGGAUCGCGGGAGAGAUGGUGGCUUUUGUAAAUCUGUUCAUCGCAGCUGCGGAAGUUGAAUUGGAUCGUUACAUCGACACACUUCAGUUGAUAAGCGACUAUUACACGAACAUGAUGUCGAAACUACCGAGCGAAAAAAGGUUUGAUAAAAUAGCUAUUCCACCACUGUCGAGUGACCCAGAACCGGGAGAGGCGCAAGAACUUGACGACUUAAUACGAAAAUCAAAGGUCGACUCAUCGGGCUCUCUUCCCAGAAGCAGUACCAGAGACGUCUUGACGAAGGGAGUAAGCAGAGGCAGUUCUGUCACCAGAAGUGCCCGCAAGAGUAGUAUAGUAACUGGAGCUUCUGUUUACAGAAGUAUGUCAUCGACAGCAGGUACGAGAAAGGGGGCAGUUGCCAGGAUCUUGAUAAACUCAGACACAAGUUUCUCCGUGCAGACUCCUUACCACAAGGCGCUCACCGCGGCCGUUUCUUCCGCUGUUACAUCUGUGGAGAGAGUUGCACUGCAACUCCGAGAGAUGGUUACUGCAGAAGGAACUGCAGAUGAUAAGAAGAGCAAAAAGUCCACGAAAAAGGAGGACACUGCGAGAAGCGCGGCAGGUGAAACUACUCCUCUCGAUAAUCUCGUCUCAGAGUGGACGUACUGCGCAAACGAAGAGAUGUCGAGAGUGAUAUAUCGUCUGAAUAUCUUGUUGGCCAGAGGCCUAAACGAUCUGACUGAAAUUCUGAAUGCAGUUCAGUCGAUGUUUUAUUCUCUCUACGAGGAAAUCGGAGACAGAUACAAGCGCGAGGUGGAGAGUGUGGAUAAUUUGUGUCAGGUGCUUUUCACAGCCAUAGAGGAAGAGCAGCCGAUAAGGGAACAGCUCGUGUUGGAGCAGGACAUCUUCGUCGUGAAGCCGAACGUUGUGCUGCUGCCGGAGCCGCCACCUCCCACUCCCCAGCCUCUAGAAGAGCGUCGGGCUGUUGACGAGUUCCGUAUCUCCCAGUUGCAGAAUCUAAGGAAGAGGUUGCACCGCUUAGCACCGAGCGGCAACAUGCCCGAGAGAGCUUUCGUUUCCCUUUUGGAAGACUGUUUGUUCAGUGCGACUGUGGAAGGCGAGGAACCUAUACUUCCGCCGAUAUGCAUGGAGCUUCAAGCCGCAGACCUUCAGAAUAUAGUGCACAAGGUGUUCGGCAGUCAAGAAUGCGUCGAUUGGAGAGACUUCCUCAUCUACGGGUUAGAUUUGGAGUAUCCUACUGAAGAGGAUAUCCUAGACGUGCGCCGUCAGUUCAGAGUAAUGGACGUUGACGGUACGGAAACGGUGUCGUUCAGAGACUACCAGAGGGUGGUGUUUUGGUUCGAGAAGGAACUGGAAGAAGACUCGCAGCUGCGGCUGCGGAAGUUCUCGGCGAAAGACUUAUUGUCCGACGUUUUCACCGCAGGCUACAACAAAGUAAGUUACACGUCACUGCUGCUGUGUUUCUGUAAGGACGAGGACGAAACGGAAGGCUUCAGGAAGGCUCUGGCUCUGUCGACGGGGAAGAGGAUAGUGCUGGAUCCCAACGAUCUUACGAAAGAAGGUUUCCUCACGGAGGCGGAGUUGAUGAGGCUCGCAGAAUCGAAACGGCGCGCCAGGAAGGCGGCGAGCACUGUAGCCGGCAUUAUCCUCGACGACACUAUCCAGUUUACGGAGGGGGUGGUCAUAGAGGAGGCGCUGCCGCCCGACCAGUCGUGGCUGACGGAGGUGCCGAUGCGGACGACGCUGUGCGUGCUGGCCGCGGCGCUGCCGUGGCUGACGCGCCUGCCGCGGCUGCGGCAGGGCCUGCCGUCGCUGCGGGAGAGCGUGGAGCGCGUGUACGGGCCGGCGCGCUCGCUGCCCGCGUCCGCCCUGCUGGCGCACCCGCAGCUGCGCCGCCUGCUCUCGCUCACCUCCAAGUUCCGCGCCUGCAAGCUGGCGCCGCUGCUCGCGCAGGCGGCCGAGGCCCGCGCGCCGGCGCGCACGGGCUCCGUGCAAGCGUGA